AUGGAGACCACAAUUGCACCCGAUAACAGUGAGGCGAAUGAUAAUAUCGGGCAGGGUGGAGAUACAUCUCAGCAAGACACGGCUCACUCAUUCGUGUGGUCAGAUGGAAGUGAUUUUGUUCCUCACCGUCAUCCUUUCAGUAGCACUUUCUCUGGGGUGACUGAUGAGUGGCCUUGUGACGACAAUGCACGAGAAUGUGAUUAUUUUCGUGCAUUCUUCAAUGAUGCCACUAUUGACCUCAUUGUUACUGAGACAAAUAAGUACUAUCAAUAUGUCACCAACAUGUUUUCUUUCGAAGAUCAUUCCAGGAUACACAAAUGGAGAGAUACAACUCCACAAGAGUUAUAUGUUUUCCUUGCUCUGAUGUUGCUAAUGCCUCUCAUAAGCAAACAUAAUAUUGCAGACUACUGGAAGAAUGAUCCACUAAUCCCAACACCUAUAUUUCCUAAGUUUAUGUCUCGGGACAGAUUUCACUUGCUAACUAGAUUCCUGCAUUUCGCUGACAACAACCACCCAGACAAAGAAGAUAUGAUUUGGAAAAUUAGAAACUUAUUCAAAAUGAUUCUGGGAUCCUUCAGUAAAUUUUUCUACCCCUUUCAAAAAGUAGUCAUUGAUGAGAGUCUCAUAUUAUUCAAAGGUAGGCUGGCUUUCAAACAGUACAUUCCCUCAAAACGUCAUCGCUUUGGCAUAAAAGUUUUUGUACUAUGCGACUGUGAAACGGGUACAAUUCUUGAUAUGAUAGUGUACACAGGGGCAAAUAAUGUUGAUAUUCCUAAUGUUAGUAGAAAGGAUCCCUUGGGCAAGUCAGGGGUAAUUGUAAAGAAAAUGAUGGCACCCUACCUAGGAAAAGGACACAUAUUGUAUACAGAUAACUGGUAUACAAGCCCAGCACUAUUGCAGUUCCUACAUGAACAUGCUACUGGAGCAUGUGGUACUGCAAAAGUAAAUAGAAAGUUCAUGCCAAAGUUUGAUGGCCCAGUCUCACAUUACGAAAAUGCAAGUGAGAGUGAUGAUGAAGACGAUGCAAACAAAGAAGGUAAUCACAAAAAGAAAACAAAGUCCAAACCAAAAUGUUAUCAGAAAGAGAAGUCGGGAAAAAUCGUAGCCAUGAAGUGGACAGACAGGAAACCAGUCCAUCUGCUUUCUACUGUACAUAAAGGGGAAAUUGUGGCCACAAACAAAGUCCACUACAAAACAAAGAAGACGAUCUUGAAACCAGACAUUGUGGUGGACUACACUGAGAAUAUGCGACUCAUUGAUAAGUGUGACAGUCAGCUCAGUGGAGUAGAGUGUUUGAGAAAAUCAUUCAAGUGGUACCAUAAGUUCUUUCUCCACAUGGUAGAUGUCACUAUGCUCAAUGCCUAUAACAUUUGGCUGGUAAGAACCACAGACCCCACUGUCAGGAAACUAAAAUUCAGAGAAUUUGUCUACAAUGUUGCAUAUCAGUUACUUGAGGAGUUCGGCACUGUCACCAACAGUCGACAGGGUCACCGUGGGCACCGUGCUCCUGACAGGCCAGAUCGUUUGCUUGCAUCUGCUUACAUCACUCGCCACCAUCUCCGAUACACAGAUCUGAAUGAAAGGACUAACAAGAAAAAACAACUCAACUGUCAUGUCUGUGCCAACACAUCAAGGGGUGACAAGAAACGCACAAGGGUCACGACAUUGUGCAGAGAAUGUGAUGUGCCACUGUGUCCAACAGAAUGUUUUGCAGCAUGGCACACAAUGAAAACUACUGAAAACAUGUACGAGAUAUGUAGAUAA